AGCGUGCACAGCGAGGACGAGCCGUGCGUGCGCGUGCGCCAGCCGACCGAGGGAAGAGCGAACCGUCUCGAACAGCAACCAGCCCCGCCGUCGCCAGCAUGGACCACGCCGCCGCCGAGGGCGCCGACGUGGCCGCCACGAGCCUCAACGAGCACCGCCACGAGAACGGCGCCCCGACGGGACUCGCCAAAGUCACAGCUCACGCCGCCGAGAUGGACAACGGUGCCGCAGAGAAGAAGUCUCAAACGUCCGCUAGCAAAACGUCCACCAGAGCUCAGCCAGAUGUGACGAGCGGCCAGAGCAGCCCCGGGACGCCCAAGUCUCCCUCCAGCAAGGCGGCGGGCGACGCCCACAAGGUGAAGAAGGUGGCGGUGGUGCGAAGUUCCCCGAAGUCGCCCGGCUCCCUGAAGACGCACCCGCCGGUUCACCUGGCCGCCGCCGCCGCCGCCGUCGCGCCCAUGCCCGACUUGAAGACGGUCAAGUCCAAGAUCGGCUCCACCAAAAACCUGAAGCACCAGCCGGGCGGCGGGAACGUGCAGAUCCUGGACCAGAAGGUGGACUACAGCAAUGUCCAGUCCAAGUGUGGCUCCAAAGCCAACAUCAAACAUGUGCCCGGUGGCGGCAAUGUUCAAAUCCUGGACAAGAAGCUGGACGUGACGGGCGUCCAAUCCCGCUGCGGAUCCAAAGACAACCUGAAGCACACGCCGGGCGGCGGCCGCGUCCAAAUCGUUCACAAAAAAGUCGACCUGAGCAGCGUGUCGGCCAAAUGCGGCUCCAAAGACAACAUGAGCCACAAGCCAGGUGGCGGCAACGUGGAGAUCAAAAAUGAGAAGCUGGAGUUCAAAGUUCAAUCCAAGGUGGGCUCCCUCGGCAACAUCAACCACGUCCCGGGAGGCGGACAGAAAAAGAUCGAGAGCCACAAGCUGAACUUCCGUGAGGGCGCCAAAGCGCGCACGGACCACGGCGCCGAGAUCGUCUCCCUGGAGGACUCGCCCACCCGGCAGCUCAGCGCCGUCUCGUCGUCCGGCAGCCUCGACGUGGCCGACCCCCCCCAGCUGUCCACGCUGGCCGACCGGGUCAGCGCCUCGCUGGCCCGGCAGGGGCUGUGAGGCCGGGAAACCCCGCUCGACCGCCCGCCUGCUCGUCGUGCAGCGUUUCCGCCCUCCUCCCGCUUCUCAACGACCUUUUUUUGGAGCCGCAUUUCGUUACCCCGGUCGCGUUAGGCCCUUCCCACGUCACGGCCGUUCCUCGGGGGUCCCGUUAGCGGGUUGCGUCGUGGCAUUCCGUUUGGGGGCGACAUUAUUGCCAUUUCUGUGCAUGACGCCGCCCCGCUACGGGCCUUCCGUGACGGCGUUCCAGUCAGAUCCGCUUCAACUUCUUACUUUGCCGCCAUUUAGCGUCUUCUCGGUCUUCUGCUCUUAAGGCCUCUUUAUACUCGCGCGACCGACAACGCCCGCAUUGCUUGACGCGCGCACGGUAAAAGCAAUUGCUGCGCGUCGAACGCCACGGACAUCAUCUCUCGUGAUUGGUCCGUUUUAGUCACACGCUGGGAUGACGUACUCGGCGUGCCCCUCGGUUCCACGCAGCACCUACGCCGCCGCCGUCUCGAUCGAUUUUGCAGCAUCAUUAAACGUAUCAUCUGGUCUUCUAGGUCCAUUUGUUCUAGCAGACUGUGUUCCACGGUCGCCAUCGUUGUCGCGUUGUUCCUUGUAAAAACGGCUACCGGAAAUGGCCACAAAAUGCAGAGGAAACUCCACCCUGUGGCGUCCUAGCGACACCCCGACUUGGAGGUGAACUGCAGUACAUUUUCAAAACUGCGUGUGUGGGUUGCGCGCGGGUACAACGGCAAACUACGCGAGGGACAGGCGCGGUGACGUCAGCGCGAGUAUAAAGAAGCCUUAAUACGACACUUUCUUGUCCGCCUCUGACCAAAAUGUGGCGAAGGCCUGGUACACACACACACACACAAAUCUUCAAAUAUGGCAAAGCUGUUUCCGACCCAACACAUACGAUGAAAACGUGCAAUUUGACAGUUGUGGUCGGAUUGUGUGCGCGUUGUGCUGCGAUGCUUUCAACACGCACGCAAAGAUUGCGCUCCACCUCCGAUCUCGAACCCACGGAAAUCUCGCACGAUCGCACGUGAUCUCACAAAAAAAGCAAAGACGAAAGAAACACUUCCGGAUGCGCCGAUGUUUCCCGAGAGUUUCCGAAAGCGUUAGAGGCGGGAGCGUUAUAAAAUGGCGAUGUCGUCGUCCAAAAAAAACAAAGCCUUGCUUUGGAAAAGACUUUUUGCUGCCUGAGGAACCCCCUCACCCACUCAAACACACAAAACACAACAGGUAGGACGUGUUUUUUUUUGUUUGUUUCUUCGUUCGUCAGUCAGGUCGCUUCUCGAUUAGCUCCAUUCGGUUCCACGUGACGAUUCAGCGAGUCGUGGGCUUUCUGCAAAGCACACAAAAGAUUUUUGGUCGUAAAGAUUGAACACGCGUCAUGUUUAAGAUUGUCGGCACAACCCGUUAUCGGGACAAAUUCACUCUCAACACAGCUCAGACCAAAGGACGAUCUGAGAAGACGGCCGACGGUCUGGUGCUUGACGCGCUCGGUCGGGAAGGCGCAAAAUCGGGCCCGAUCGUCUCGGUGUGUGUACCGGGCCUUAGCCGAGUCUUGGCGCUUGUCACUUUGACGCAAAUGUUGCUAAGGUGACGUCACUCUUGUGUUGUGUUAGCUUUGCGAGCGGGGGCGGGGGCGCCUUUUUAAACGCGGGGGCCAAACGAGCGCAAGACGACGAGCGGCGUUCCGUUCGUCGGCAUUUCGAGCAGUACCGUCGCAAAGUCGGGAGAAGCCAGCGAAGUCGACAAUUGCGUUGUUGAUGUCCACCACGUACUUUUACCUUCUUAUCUCCAGUAUUUAUAGUUCCGGUUGAUUGACAUUCAUGGUUCGUUCUCAAGUUUAUACCCCAUGGAAAGAAAACAAAUGUUCCUGCCGUGCCGUCACUUCCCUGCAUGAAGCGCCAAACGGAAGCGAGCCGAGUGAGCGCCCAUUGCGCUUUUCUUCCUUUUUCCCACACAAACCUGCUGGAUUUGAUGCGUGUGCGUAUGCAGGGUAAUGCCACUUUUGUCCACCGCGUGUCGUGUUUUCUUACCAGCGCUGAGGUGCAUGCUCACGUCUUCUCUUGUGUCACUUGAAGACGACGACGAUGAUCUCCAUCAGCCAGUUUCCAUAGUAACCAACUCACACCCUGUACAGUGGUGCAAACGUGAGUGUUGUUAUUGUGCAUUUAAUGUAUGUUUGUGUUUGACAAUAAACGAUACUAA